GGAGUCAGGUCGAGACGUGUGCGUGGAAAACCUGGACGAGGAAGAACAAGGCAGACGCAUCUCACAUGAGCCGGUGAACGAGUGACGGGUCCUUCUCUGAACGAUUCCUUCAUUUGAACGACUCUUCAAAAUGAACUGAGAACUACAAGUCGUCUCACUCCUUGUAGUUUAUUUUGAAAGGCGCUACCGGACGUCUUGUCGUGACUUAUAAACAAGGCUUAAUCGUCCGCUGUAGCUCCAGCAGAAGUGCUGGAUUCCUCUGCGUUGUUGUUGGAUGAAUAGUUCCUAAAUAUGAGUGCAUGAAGAUCUUCCAGGUAACAGGCGCUGUAUUGUUUGCUUCUCUCUUUGCCGACCCUUUCUGGUGCAGAGUUUCGUUCAGUUCUGUUUCCCGUUCACAGAACUGCCAACGAUUAGUUCUCCAACAAUUGUGGCGCAUGGAACACACACACAUAUAUAUAUGGACAAAAACAACUUGGCUGACCCUUGAUGUUCCUCCGGUCACAGAUGAUCUGCCCAGUCCUGGAAAAGAUUCUCUCUGAUGGUUCAGGUGUGGCCACGAUGCACAACCUGGCCUCCAUCAGCACAGAAAGCCGUUUAUCAACUGGGGAACAUCUCUUCCACCAUGACAGUGGGUCCAACGUGCGAGGCAGGUGUUCCUCUGCUCAGUAACCCAUCAUCUCCAGUAUGAGGUCUGAUGGAGUUGAUGUUGUUCCAGGCCUCCUGCUUUUCAUUCUCUCAUCAAAGCGAGUUAAUGAACUGAGUCACUGAAGUGAAGUGUUUGGCCCAUCACUACUGUGACCUCCUGUUAUUUAGCGGUUUUAAAGCGAGGGCGGGUUGGAGCAGUAGGUGGCGCUGUGGGCACACGGGUGUCGAGGAGAAGAAGAAGAAGAAGAAGAGGAGGAGGUGCGGCGCGGAAGUAGCGGCAGGUUGUUGAGUCAACAUGGCACCGUCCAAGAAAGAGAAGAAAGCGGUCAACCAAGAGGAACUGCGGCGCUUGAUGAGAGAAAAGCAGAGGCAGAGCUCGGAGAGGAAGCGAGUGGACUCUCCGUUCGCCAAGUACAGCAGCCUGGGCCUCCUCAGCUGCUCGCUGUGCAGCGUGCAGCUCAAGUCCGAGCUGCUGUGGCCGGCGCACGUCCUCGGGAAAGCGCACAAGGAGAAGGUGUCCGAGCUGAAGGAGGGCAGACAGGAAGCCGUCAAGAGGAAAGCGCCGGAUGGUGAGGACGUCGGCGGCAAGAAGGCCAAACCGCCCGAGCUGCCAGGCGACGUCUUCGCCAAGCCCCUGGAGCCUGCAGCUCCUCAGAAGCCUGGCGGUCUCAGUCUGCUGGCGGGAGUCUACCAGGAGGAGGAGGAGGAGGAGGAGGAGGAGGAGGAGCAGGGUGAAGCCAGCCAGGAGGCAGAGCCCUCGGGACUCCCCGCCGACUUCUUCGACAGCUCCAUCCCGCCAGCUCCUGCUGUGGCUCAUUCGGGCUCCAUCCAGAAGGCGGCGGAGGAACCCAGCAGAGCCCCUGGAAAGAAGGACAACGCCUCAGAGGUGCUCCCCGAGGGCUUCUUUGACGACCCAGUGAGGGACGCCAAGGUCCGCAACGUGGACACGCCAAAGGAUCAUAUGGACAAGGAGUGGGAGGAGUUCCAGAAGGAGAUCCGACAGGUGAACACGAAAUCGGAGGCCAUCGUGGCCGAGGACGACGAGGAGGGUCGGAUCGAGCGUCAGAUCGAUGAGAUCGAUGAGCAGAUCGAGUGCUACAAGAGAGUGGAACUGCUGAGGGACCAAAGGGACCUGGUGAAGAGCAAGGCUCCGUCCAGGAAGGUGGAGGCCAUGGAGGCCGGUCCUGCCACAGAGGAGGAGGAGGAGGAGGUCGACGACGAAGAGGAGCUUCUUGGCCUGUUAUCAAGAGACUGGCGAGCAAAGGGGGUGCUGGCGUGACGGCGGCGCCGUGGAUGGGGAAUGAGUCUUCAUCGUAUUCACUGUCAGAAUAAAAUACCGAGACUUGAGCCAGAGUGUUGUGGAGCGGCUUCACUUGACAGUGCUUCUGCAAGUGAGGCGAGUUCUGACGAACAAUGAGGAGAGGACGUCAUUCGUCCAUGACAGCAGUCAACUCGUCCCAUCGCUCCAGUGUCCCAGCCACUUCAAGACCAAAGAGGUAAUGACACGUUGGCGUGGCACGGUGCAAAAAUCCUUUCAACCUUUCCACAUAGAUCCAGAGAUUGACAUCAAAGUUGACCUCAACCAACAAUCAUAAAUAAUUUACACAUGUUACAUCUGAGCAACAUGCAAAGAUAUACGUUUUAAAACUGUACAAUAUUAAAGCAGAUAAACCCGUCCAGCCACUUGAGUGGUGGAGACAGUAAAAACAGAAUCAAGUGGAGAGAGAGAGUCAGUGCGCGUACUGGUGGUC